AUGGCACCCCAGACACGUUCCCAGAGAGCCCUCAGAGCUGCUUCCAAUGCAUCCUCCACUGAUGAAAGUGAAAUCAGACUUGCAUUUGACAAUGUCAUGAAGGCCAUUUCUCCUCCAUCUCAUCAUUCAGACUCAGCAUGCUCUUCUCCUCUGUCCCCAUCCUACAGUGUAAUAAUGGGUGGUCUCCUUGCCAGAGCAAUGACUCCUCCAGAAGAUCCAGAAUCCUCUGUUGAUGAGGAUGAACUGAACCAGAUAUACGAGAAGUGCCAGGCCAUGGUAAACCACUUGAGUGGGUCAGAAGAGGAGCAUCAAAGCAAUGCCUCUGACGAUUCCUUUGUGAAUGUGCAUGGCCCAUCAGUUGCACCAUCGCAUCCACCCCAUCAGGACUCGAGUCAGGAGUCAGGGGUGCCUUCUGUACGUGAUAUCAUCAUGUGUUCCAUGGCCAGGCCUACCACAUGGGCGAUGGCCUACCAGACCCUAGGGACACUCCAGGGCAAAAUGCAUGUCCGCUAUGCCGACUUGUUCUCUGUCAUUCCAUCUGUCAGUGGGGGCACCCAUGCCUUACCAGAUGCACAGGAGAUUCAACUUUUUCGUCAACGCCAUCUCUUCGAUUCCCAUCCUGCCAAUCCAUCCAUUCCCAUUGCCUUUGUGGUCAUGCAAAACAGUCACUUCUUUGUUGCAGUCUUUGACUAUUGGUUGAACCUUGCAUUCAUCCUUGGAAGGCGCAUCGAACGUGUCCCAGAAACCCCUCAUCCCCACUAUGACCCACUGCAUGAUGACUGGAACACAUGGAAUGGCCCUUUCUACUGGACACGCAUAGCAUCGCUUCAUGGAUUCGAUGCCAUCGACCCAACCCAAGUUGAUGUGCAGGUGUACAAUUGGUCACAGAACGGUUUCGACUGUGGCCCCAUUGCAUCCUUUGUCAUGGAGUCACUCAUGAGAGGGGGGCUAUCUGGUGAUGGCAGGCCUACCAUCCACAUCCCUCCAAUUCCUUGUGGUCAUCGUCUCCGCCUUCGAAUGCUUGUCAUGGUGAAGGAGGGCUGUCGAAGGUGCUGGGAGGACUAUUGUUACUUGUCUACAACCACCCUUCCCCCUAGUCACAUAUGGACACAGUGGGACGACACCAAAGCCAUCAGUGAAGACAUCCUCAUGGAUGUGGAAAACCAAUCAUCUGGAGAGCAACAUGCUACCAUCGUCCGUGAGUUGAAUGUCAUUGGGGCCAACUGCCUUCGCUGCCAAAGGGGGGAUGACUCCAGCAAUGUAGUGAACCCUGAUGUGCACUCCGAUGGUGACUUUCCGACUGACACUGAAGAUGAAGGUGAAGACCAUCAUUUGCCUCUGGAUGCCAAGUCUCAGCGUCUCAGGGAUCUCCUUCGGCGCUACCCUUAUGUGAGCAGGGCCAGAGCCAGGGAUCGACUUCCUCCUCGGGCUGCCCAUGGUCAUCAAGUCGAAGGGGAAUCCACUCCAGAUGAUCCCCUUGAGAUCAUCCAGCGACACAAGCAUGUCAAGGACUGGUCAGCUGGAACGAUGUACCGUUUCCCACGUCCAACUCCGCCGGUAUACCUCCCUGCAUACCAAGGUCAACGAUGGAAACCUUUCGAUCGCAGGUUUGAUGAGUAUGAAGGAGGACCUGUCUUGGAAAGUUUGCACCAGGACCGCAACUGCAACGAGAUCGUGGAGGAGCCCUACUAUCGGCCUGGGAUGUGGACGUCCUUUCGAGAUUAUGGCUAUCGUCUGCUGAGUUCCUUCAACCAGAUGUUCUACUUGGGUCCCCCCAUCAGAUUGUCAGACCAUAUCCUCCAAGUGGGUGUUCCAGCUAACUACCAGUCUUCUCAUCAAAUCGGCGACCAUGUUACUGCACGUCAGAACAGUCUCGUGAACACCUUUGUGAAUGGGCGGCAUGAGGAUGGGCAUCACAUCUGCCUGGACCUGGAGCUGGAUCACAAGUUGGUGACUCCAGAGGAGUUGGAAGUCACUGUGGACAUUGACAGUCUCAUAUGGGUGACGCAUUCCCUACAGUUCAACACACCGCUGCCCAUCUACCUUGGUCCCAUCGUCGAGGAAAAGGCUCCUAUGCACAAGCACAAUCAUGUGUAUGUUGACAUCCUCGUGCCUCAGUCAGAGGCAGAUUCCAGUGCCAUCGGAAGCCGUACCGAAUGGUUGACCAUGGCAUUUCCUCUGUGUGGAGUACCUCACACAGUGUUUGGUGCCUUGAGCAAUGCUGCUGGCACCAUGAAUGUCUACAUUUGCUUCCCCAGGAUGAUCCACAGGGACGAGAUGACACACAAGCGUGCCAAUCGCAUCCCAAAGGAGCUGAUCCGUGCACAUGCAGAUGUUUCGAGUGCACCAUAUGUCUCUCUCACUCUGAAGGAAGUGCAGUUCAAGGCACGAAAGGGUGGCAAAACCAAGAAGGCUGGUCGGCCAAAAGCGGUCCCCUUUUCUAUGCAAGUGUUGAAGCAGAUCCAGAAGACCAUGGAGGCAAUCAUCCGAGAGGACCCUUCACUGAUUUGCAAACUAUGGUUCCUUCUUCUUUGUCCUGGAAUGCAAGGGAAUCAAGUUGUGGACGAAAACCACCCUGUCAGGAGCCGUUCAAAUGCCGCUCUGGAUUGGUCCCACAUGGUAGACAGGGCCAAUGGGGAGCUCUUGGUCGACUUGGGAAUCAGCAUUCACCCCACAUGUGAUGAAAAGCUCGUUGGAUUGUGGAGACUGGAUGCCCUGGAAGCUUCCUUUGGGGCAGGUGGAUAUUUGCGAGGAAAUGCCCACCACACUUGCAUGCUUGGACGGUAUGGGGGGAUCCAAGCAGAGAUGUCACAGGAGCGAGCAAGGCAAACUCACAUUGCAUUCAGAAGUGCAUAUAAUCUGGCCUAUGAGGUGAUCCGACCCAACGACAACAGCCCCACCUUUGUCAUGGACAAGGAUGCUUAUGCCCUGAACAAUGACUUCAUUGGGGAAUGCAUGCAGGCCAUCAACAUGUAUUCUGGAGAUGCAAAGAAGAGGUCAUAUGGGGUGCGAGACGAGUACAGGAUGAGUGGGGCUGCAGUGGAGCAGGCAAUACUGGUGGUGCCACAAAGGAUGGAAGAGCUUUUAGCCUCCAAUCCCAUUCUCUGGAUCCCGACCAAAGUCUGGUUGGAAUUUAUGGCUAGACGCAUCAGGGCCCUCCAGUUGGCUCAGAUCUCUCUCAAGGAACUGGAACCACCCAACCUUGGGAUUCUGACUGGCAUCAUCUGCCACAUGAUUCGGUGCACGUCCACCACUGCAAUAAUCCUUGACUUCCAUGUGAGAGAGUCCAUGGCCCUUCUGCAGGUCUCCAGGGUGUGUGAGCGGUUGGGAAUGUUCUUCCUUUUGGACCUGGACUUGCAUCAUGUCCCCCAUCUUCCAGAAGUUCAGGAUCAUGACGACCUGGAGGUGCUCAAGCUGAUGGAGGGAAAGUUGAAGAGGGGUGAUGGACGACCUGCCUGGCCAAGGAUUCCCCCUCUGGACGAAGUGGAACAAUUUCCCAUUGGCAGCAGACCGACGUGGGCCAAAUUGACAAGGACCAUCCAACUGCAGCCUUGGUUGAUCAUGCAGGACUGGAAGUGGUCGGCCCAACUGUCCAGUCUGGGGCCAGUGGUAGGGAAACUUUUCGUUCUGUUUACCUGUCAGCUUUGGAUCCAGUUGGAUGCGACUUGGCUGACAGGCUCAGAGGGAAAACCAGAGCCAACAUCUUUGGAAGAAGCCAUUCAGAGUUGGACUCUGAACCAGACCUUCAGGACAAUACGUGCCUGCGAAUUCAAGGCCUGCAAUGCAGAAAUUGCAGGGAGUGGAGGGGCUGGUCGCCGACAGUCAAGCUUUGCAGAGAGGGUCAACCUGUUUUUCCCAGGACCCACAGCAGGACAACCUUCACGGAGGUCACCAUGGAAUGUCUUCUGGACGAAGCCUGGCUAUAUUUGGGAGUAUCACCAGGUGAUGAAGAACAGGACACCCCUGGAGGAGUUUGAGGUGCUGGACCACCUUGGCAGGAUAUUUUCUGUCCUUCAGACAUUACCUGAUGCGACCAAAGGGAGUGAAAAGAGUCCUGGGAAGACAUGGCGGGUGGAGGGUGAGAAGGUGGUUCUGGUGACAAAUCCCAAGUUCUACAAGAUCGAGGGUAUCUCCACCGAGAAGGAACAGCAACAGGCCAGGAGACGAGCAUCUCAAGUGGUAAAGCCCAGGAAUGCACUGCAGAUGGAGCUCCUGGAGCAUGCAGGAUAUGAUGAACUGCUGGCUAGCAAGGCCCUCAUCUUAGAAAGGCAGAGGCUGAAAGAGGCACAGACUAAGAAGUCAUGA